GCGCCACAGGCUGCACUACACAAGAAUCGUCACCACCAACCGACGAGCAGUUUUCCGCUCUCGCAAGACAACAAGCGUUCACUGGAGCCACAAUGGUCCUCGCAGCAGCAGACGUGGUCUGCUUUUCAGUUUGCUGCACUGCCGCUGAAAAAUGUGUUCCGCCGACUUUCCGGAUUCGUCAUGCGGUGGACCACGAUGCCCUUUAACUUGAAGAGAAGCGGAUCGAUGAACGAUAGUAUUCCACCACCGGCGGCAGGACGAAAACGCAGGAGCACAGCAAGAAAUACUCCGGCCGAAAACAAAAGCGGUGUUAGUAAACAUGCCAAGAAAGUAGAACUACACUCAUCCAUUAAUACUGCUCCGCGAAGGGCGUCAAAAGAACAGUCCUCAUCUGCUCCGCGAAGGGCGUCAAAAGAACAGUGCGUCGGAGGUGAGAUGAUGAACAAUGAUGGCGGCCAGGCAGCAUCGCCGCUUCGGAAGAUGAGCGGAGAGACGAGCAGAGAAACGAACCGAAGAAGCAGUAAAAGGAAAAGCAACUUCUACAAACAAAUAGAACAUGGUCACAACCUCGAGCACGACAGUACAUCAAUCCUCGUUCGUAUUUCCAGUACAACUACUGCACGUGAAGUUCAUGAUGAGCAGGGUCGUGCGCCUCCUCCUGCUUCGGGGGCGAGCAAAAUUUUUCACAAGGAACCAGGAGUCGAAAGUAACAGUAACAUCAAAAAACCAACAGCAGGAGCAGUGUCGUGUGGUCCUAAAACUGGCAGCAGCCUGCACCAGGACCGCCGGAAGUCCUCGCUGCGAGCAACCACCUCGAACAUCAAAACCUCGGCCAGCUGCCAAAAUCUCGCCGCUGCGUUGCAGAAUGCCCGAACGCCCCCCACGCGGCCGAAAAGUAUAAGCAAAUCCAAAUCGGCGGAGCGACAAGGACAACAGGAGCAAGAAGUGGUCAAGAAGAAAAAGAAGAAGAUCACCGGGUCGACGUCAACAUCUCCGACGCGUGGUGGAGGAAAGGCCGAUACCACGACUGCUCGAGGUGCAGACAGCAGCCCUUGCAGCCCCGCCAUGCGUUUUCAGAAUGAAACGACGGACCACCUCGGGAAUGACAGUUUUUCCACUCGCAUUCCAGCUGCAGAC